CAGCCCCGUCGGCGAUCCACGCCACCGUUGUUGAAAUCUUCUUCACAAGCCAUCACUCUGUUCCCAUCUCCACCAUGGGUUUGUCAGCAAAUAUUUUCCCUUCUAGUCGAAUUGAAAAUUUACAAGAGCUCUCUUCUGUAGGUCAGCCCAAAGGCAGAAGUAAGACAUGCUUGAUGACGGGCAAUCCAGCAGAGGAAGUUGCAAUUUUCGCCAAGUCAUACUGAAUCUCCAGAUAUCCGGACUCGUGAGGAUUGUUACAAAACAUGACAACUAUAGCUCGACCUACAUGGGCACCUGCAAAAGGUAGUAAUGAACAAGGUGGUACUCGAAUUUUCAGCCCCUCCCAAAAAUACUCUUCAAGGGACAUUGCCUCUCACACAACCCUAAAGCCCAGAAAGGAUGGGCAAGACACUAAAGAGGAAUUGCAGAAGAGGAAUCUCCGUGAUGAGUUGGAGGAGCGGGAACGGUGGCAUUUCUUGUUGAAGGAUAAGUCCUAUAGUGACGAUAGAGAUCGUAGAAAAGGAGGCCACCUUCUAUUGGAAGGGGCAAGGAGAGAUGCUGAAGAUCGCCUCAUUCCACGCAGUGUAGAUGCUGAUGAUGCUGAUGAUGCUGAUGUGGAACUUAAGAGCAGUGAUGGAAGUGACAAUGACGAUGAUGAAGAUGGUGAGGAUGACACAGAAGCUCUUUUGCUUGAACUUGAACAGAUAAAGAAGGAACUUGCCAUCUUUUAAGUUUCAUGUUCAGUUGAAUUGAAUCAGAUCUAGUAGCGCUCACUAUUAAGAAAGAGUUUGAUUGUGCAAGUAUGAAUUAGGUGAAGAAAACGAUUUAAGAAAUUAAGAUUCCAUUGUAAUAUGUUAACAUUCCAUAAAAUUGUCGAGAAUUGAUUGAUUGAUGUCUGUGUUCUACCUUGGUGCAAAGCAACCAUUUUUUGUUGGUGAAUAGUUGUUGUGUGAUGAGAUUCCAUAGCUAAAUGUUGUUUCGUUGUGUG